GAAAACACUUUACUAAUCCCCUGAGAUCAGCUCCUCAACCUGAAAAUGGUGUUGAUCAGUUUAAUGACAAUGUAGUUCACAAUUAACCUAUGCAUGUCUCACCACCUAAUCAUAAUUCAGCAAUGCAAAGCAAUCCGAAUAGUGCUAUGGAUCAUUCACUGCCUAACCAAGGAUCCCAAGAACAUACUAGACACUUUGGUGGAUGUCAAUCUUCUGAAUAUUGGACUGUGGAGACAGUAGAUGGAACUAUUAAAACUAGAAGGCUAAAAGUUAAAGAAAUGGAUAACUUAUCUAGAGAUGAGCAACUUGUUGUAAACUGUGAAGAUCAACAAGCUAGUAGAGAAGCCCAAGGUUUGCUUGCUGGAUAUCUAAGAACAUUGGGAGUUGAUUAUAAGUUAUUUCCAAUCAAUUUCUCAAGGUGGUCAGAACCUUUGGGUAUACCUUGAUCUAGAUUUGAAGACUGUUUUAGUAACUUGCUAAAGGUAUGUAUUUGAAAUAUUGACUUUUAUCAAAUUCCUAUUAAUAUUAUCUAUUGUUAAUGAUAUCUUAUUAUUUAUGUAUGAUUCAUUUCUAUAGCCAAAAUUUCAUUUCAAAAUUUCUGAGGGCAUUGCAAAGCGAUAUUGCAAAUUGAGCUUGCAAAAAAGUGGUCACAACAUAGAAUUAAGUUAUGGAAUGAGUUCUAUGAUCCAUGCAUGAGUAGACAAGCAAUCAUUGAUAAUGUCUCAGUUGGCAUCGACAGAGAUUAAUGGGCAUCCUUUGUUUAGUAUCGGUUUCUACCUUCUACAACGGUAACAUGCUAAAUUUUAAAAUAUAUAAUAUUAAUACAUAAUCACUUUUCUAAUCUUUAUUUUUCUUUUUUCAUAUGAGACGUGUAAGAGAAACAAGUAUGUUCGCAAGAAGCAAACAAUUCCCCGUACUGGUGGCUCGAAACCUAUUUCAAGGGAAAGACAUGAAAUACUAUAAACCAUCACUCAUUUUUUGUUUUUACAAAAUUUUUAUUUGGUCUUUAACUUUUUUUAAUAUUCUUUUGCUUAGUUUUUAGAAACUGGACAAAAAAUUAGCC